GUUCCUGGGGCGCCUACUCGCAGCAGUACCACUUUUCCCUUCCUUGCCAGAUUGUUUUUGCCGCCCACCACAACACAACCGGCCCCCUUUUCCAUCUGUGCUUCGCUACGAGCAUCGCUCUUGCUCUCUCUCUCUCUGCCGGCCUUUCUCCUCUUCACACACCGACCCCGCGUGAGUCCAUCUAUCCGUCUACCACCGCCAUCAUGUUGCGCUCUACGCUUCGUUUCCUGGCGAUGGCCCCCAAGGUCACCCACAUCCAGGAUAAGCUGCUCAUCAACGGCAAGUUUGUCCCUGCGGUGUCGGGCAAAACCUUCGAGGUGGUGAACCCGGCUGAUGAGACGGUGAUCGCGAACGUCGCCGAGGCGGACAAGGCGGACGUGGACAUCGCCGUGAAGGCCGCCCGUGCCGCCUUCGAGACGUACCGCAUGUCGGAGUGCCACUGGCGCCGCAACACGAUGCUGCGCCUGGCGGACAUCCUCGAGAAGAACAGCACGGAGAUGGCGGCACUCGAGAGCCUGGACAACGGCAAGCCGUACGAUGUUGCCCUGAACAGCGAUGUCGCCUUAGCCGUGGACUGCUUCCGCUACUACGCAGGCUUCGCGGACAAGGUCGAUGGCUACGUCCCGCCGCGUGGCGGCAACUUCCUCGCCGUGGUGAAGCGGCAGCCCAUCGGUGUGUGUGGUCAGAUCAUACCUUGGAACUUCCCGCUGCUCAUGGCAGCUUGGAAGGUGGCCCCUGCCUUGGCCUGCGGUAACACCGUCGUGCUGAAGCCGGCGGAGCAGACGCCGUUGAGCGCGCUGCGCCUGGGCGAGAUGACGUUAGAGGCUGGCUACCCGGCUGGCGUGGUGAACAUCCUGCCCGGCUUCGGUGCCACGGCGGGGGCCGCCAUUGCGAGCCACAUGGACGUCAACAAGGUCGCCUUCACCGGCUCGACGAUGAUUGGCCGGGAGGUGAUGCGCCUGGCUGCGGAGAGCAACAUCAAGAAGGUCUCGCUCGAGCUGGGCGGCAAGUCAGCCCUCAUCGUCUGUGAGGACGCGGACGUCGAGCAGGCCGCGCAGGUGGCCACGAUGGGGAUUUACUUCAACGUGGGUCAGGUCUGCACCGCCUCCUCGCGCAUGUACGUGCACGAGUCUGUCUACGACGAAUUCGUCUCGCGCCUGCGCAAGCACGCUGAGUCGCGCAAGAUCGGCGCGGGCAACAACACCGACAACAACAUGGGCCCGCUUGUGUCGAAGAAGCAGCAUGAGCGUGUGCUGUCUUACAUCGAGGCCGGCGUGCAGGAGGGUGCCACGGUGGUCACGGGUGGCGGCAAGGUCGGCGACAAGGGCUACUACGUCCAGCCGACCAUCUUCGCAGACGUGAAGGAGGACAUGAAGAUCUGCAAAGAGGAGAUCUUCGGUCCGGUGACGUGCGUGAUGAAGUUUAAGGACAUGGACGAGGUGGUGAAGCGCGCCAACGACAGCAUCUACGGCCUGGCCGCUGGUAUCUGCACGCGCAAGAUGGACACGGCCAUUCGUUACGCCUCCUACCUCGAUGCUGGUACGGUGUGGGUGAACUCAUGGAACAACUUCGACGCCUCGGUGCCCUUCGGCGGCUUCAAGCAGAGUGGUAUUGGCCGCGAGCUGGGCCGCGGCGCAAUUGACCUGUACACGGAGACGAAGGGCAUUCAUUUUGCCCUGGAGGGUCCUAUUGUCAAGCCUUAA